AUGGCAACAAGGGCGCCCCCAGUGCAGAUACAGCCUUGGCCAAAAACAGAUUCGGCAUGGUCUAGACUACAUGUGGAUUUCGCAGGACCAUUAAAUGGCUCCUAUUAUAUCAUUAUGGUGGAUAGCUAUUCCAAAUGGCCUGAAGUGUGUAAAUGUUCAAGGCCAACCACAAGUGUGACGAUUGACUUCUUGGAAGAACUGUUCGCUUGGUAUGGAGUGCUAGAUACGAUCGUGUCAGAUAAUGGGACACAAUUCACAGCAAAGGAGUUCAAAAGAUUCUGUAAGUCGGUUCAGAUGAAGCAUGUGGUAACUCCACCAUACCACACAAGGUCAAAUGGGUUAGCAGAAAGAUUUGUUGACACAUUCAAGAGAGCUUUAAGGAAGACCAGACGGGAAACCUUUGAAGAUACAAAUAUGACAAAGUUUUUGCAGGUGUAUAGAAUAACACCGAAUCCAAAUGCAGAGUCGGGUAGGUCACCUGCAGAUUUGAUGUUUUCCAGAAAAAUUCGUUCUAUAUUUGAAAAAUGGUUGCCGAGCAGGAAACAGAAAAUAGAAAAUUCGGAAAGAAAAACGAAAUUUUUUAACACAGAUGACAAAGUGUAUUUUAGAGUGUAUAGUAACGGAAAACAGGACUGGGAACAAGGAAGUAUAACAGGACGUCUGGGUAACGUGAUGUACACAGUAAAAGGACCGAAAUAUGAACACAGAAGGCAUUUAAACCAAUUAAAAAAAAGGUAUGCCAAAAACCAAGAGAGGCAAGAGGAACAAAUGGAUAUAUGGUAUGAUCUGUUCAAGGUCCCAGAACCACAAGCGAAAGCGGAACUGACAUGUAGGUCGAGUAGGAAGAGAAAACCUACAGAAAUGAUUGAAAUAAAUGCUAAGAGAAAAAGAUAUGCCAGUUUCUAA